ACUCCUUAUUCCUCUGUAACACAUACAACAUUUACAGCACUUACUUGCUUUUAACCAAAGCAAAAAGCACUGGAUAAAGUGCUCUCUGACUCUGCAUGCUUUUCUCUUGGGGUGGUAGUAAAGACAUGCUCGUUUUAGCAUGUCAUUGUUUGAACUUUGAACACAGAACCUGUGUGAUAUGUGGGGCAUUUUUAUUCACCUUUUCAUUAUUUUCUCUUCUUGUUUUUUUCUGAAAGUUCCAUAUCUACCUUUCUAGUUUGUACUGGAAGAUAAUUCUUAGUAUCUUCGGUUUAAAUCAAUUGCCUUUUAGUUUAAUAGUCACGGUUGUAGUGAGUUGUCUCCUUUAUGUGGGUUCAAGGCCAUAAAUAUUCAUAGCCAUUGAUGUUUUUCUUUGUCCUUCAAUCUCUUACCUAAUUAUGGUUUCUUGGAGGUUGAGGCCAGAUCCCAGAUGGCAGAAUAUGAAAGCCUAACCACUAUUAACUUGAAAAUAGUCCAUUUUGCUUAAUGGUGUCUUUAAAGAAGGCCAGUGAAAUCUGGAACUGGAAGGCCAUUUUCUCAUUAUCCUUUCUCUUCUGUUAAAAGAAUGGUGGUGAAUGUCAAUACAAAAUUGCUGAGUUCAAUGCUCCCCACUCUACCUCUUUUAUUAUAAAUGAUGGUACAUUGUUUCUUGUGUCAGCAGGUGAGACACAUUUAGCUAACAAAUUUUUGAAGUGCUGAUCUACUAAUUGCUAAUCAAAUCAAGCAUAUAAAAUGCCAAGAUCAAGGGGAUCUGAUUUGCCUCAGAGGCAGUCUCCACGAGGUCCUCAUCAACUUCGCACAUCGAGUUCUGAUUCAGAUCCGUUACAUCAUCGACCGAUUGCCGACCGAAGUCCAAAGGUUGGAGACCGGCGUUCGCCAAGAAGUACAACUACUCAAUCUGAUAAUACUCUAAAUCAGAAAAAGCUAGGAACCCGCAUUGCGGAUUUGGAAUCUCAGCUUGGCCAAGCACAGAAAGAGUUGAAAAACUUGAAGGACCAGCUAGCUUCUGCUGAAGCUGCAAAGAAAGAAGCGCAAGAAAAACUAGUUAAGAAAGCUGAUCAAUCAGUAGUAGUGCCAGUAGUGGAGAAGUUCCAAGAGAAGCGUGCUUCCGAGAACGCUCGAGAAUUUAAUGAAACUGAAAACAAGCCCCAAGAUAUCAUCAUUCCUGAUAAUGACAUUGAAAACCAUCAAGAAACUGAUGUGUUUGAAGUUGUUCCAAUUGAGAAGGUGGCAAUUGAAUUCACAAAACCUGCAACAACAGAUCAAAUUGAAAAGGAAACUCAACCAUCUGAAGACUCAACAACUCCACCAGAUGCACCGAAGCCGGAAAUACCUUGUGUGGAUGAAAUGACCCUGAAGAAUGACGAGAUAGCAUUGCUGAAGUGUAAUUUGGAAGAGAAAGUGACGGAGCUAGAGUCAAUGAGUAAGGAAAAUGAGAAUCUGAAACAACAGCUUAAUGAAGCAGUUUCAAAAGUUUCAGAAGCUGAAACCAAGGAAGAAGGAAUGAAGUUGCAGCUGAAAGAACUAGGUGAAGAGUUGGAAGCUGCUAGUAAACUGAAUGCAGAGAAGUUGAAAUGUGUGGAAGCAGAAAAGGAGGUUAUGGAAUCAGAGAUGAAGAAGCUGAGGGUGCAGACUGAGCAGUGGAGAAAAGCAGCCGAUGCAGCAGCAGCAGUGCUUGCAGGGGAUGUGGAUAUGAGGAUUCCUGAACGGUGUGGCUCCAUGGAUAAGCACUUUGAGACACCUGUUGUUGGUAGGUACAAUGGAUAUGUUGGGUCUCCUGGUGUGGCUGAUGACUUUGACGAUGGUUUUGGAGGCGGAAAAAAGAAGGGUUCUGGAAUUAGAAUGUUCGGCGAUUUAUGGAAGAAAAGGGGCCAAAAGUGAUUGAUUUCUGCUCCUAUUAUUCAGUGAAUGAAGUAGUAGUAGUACUUUAGUCAUGUUUUUGGUGGUAGAAGAAGGUGCAAUAGCAGUUGCUUACUGUGGUGCAUCUUCUUCAUACAUAUUGUUGUCAUUUCUGGUAUGAAGGCCAUUAAGCGGGUAGUGUUGUUGCUAUUGUAUGAUCUGUGAAUGUGAACUUGUGAAAGAUGGUUUAUAUCCCUUCUCUUAGGGAGAGAUGAAGGCACUUUUUCUUGGAAGGCCUGUUUUUAAUCAAAUUCUUCAUUCUGCACUCAGUUACAGUAAUAAUAUAUUUAGAGUUCGUUUGUA